UAAAAAGAAAAAUCGCCGUCCUUUAGAUUCUAAACCCCAACUGAUAUAUAGCCUUGAAACCCUUCGAAAGCCGAAAACUCAAAUCCGCAAAUAAUAAUGUCCCUCCAACGCCAGCACCAUUCCUCCUCCUUCCCUUCCUGCUUCCGCCCCUCCCCCACCGUUGACAACACCCACAAAGCGCUGCCGUCGCCUCCUCCUCUGCCGCCGCCGCCGCCGCAAACCUCAGGUAAGACAAACCUUGCUACAAGUUUCUACCAUACAAAUCUAGGCCUUUUCUCCCUCACCUGGUCCUGUACCUUCCUUGGUCACUCUCUCCUCCUCCACCUCUAUCCUUGCUCUCAUUUCUCUCCCUCUUCGCCUACCUCCCUUUCCUUCUCCACCCUCCUUUUUCAUCUCCAUAUCAAACCCUUCAUUUUUUGGAAGAAAUAUGGGAAUAAAAAACUCAGCUGCGAUACUACCUCUAAUGUCCAUGUCUUUUGGGACCUUUCCAGGGCCAAGUUUGGAUCCGGCCCUGAACCCGAAUCUGGAUUCUAUGUUGCUCUUGUUGUUGACGGGGAAAUGGUACUUCUUGUUGGUGAUUCUAUCAAAGAAGCUUAUGCCCGAACUAGAGUUCAAAAGCCUGGGAAACCCCAAGCUCUUGUUUCGAGAAGAGAGCAUCUAUAUGGCAACAAAUUGUACACCACAAAAGCCAGAUUUGGUAGCAAAAGGAAAGAAAUCUCCAUUGAAUGUAAGGCCAUGAAGGAGGGUGCAGAGCUUUGUUUUAGCGUUGAUAACCAAAGGGUAUUACAAAUAAAGCGAUUAAAAUGGAAAUUUAGAGGGAAUGAGCGGAUUGAAGUAGAUGGGGUCUCAGUUCAAGUGUCGUGGGACGUAUAUAACUGGUUGUUUGAUCAGGAAUUAAACAAUGGGCAUGCAGUUUUCAUGUUUAAGUUUGAGAAUGACGAAGCAGUGAGUCCUUUGAAGGAGAAGGAAGGGAUCUUUUUGUGUCAACAAAGUUCACCUAGUAUUGGGGAAAAGAUGAGGAAAAGCAUGUGGAUGACUGCUAGAAGCUCAUCCUCUUCUUCAAUAUCGACGUCUUCAGCUUCAUCAGGAGGAAGCUCGUCGGUGCUGGAAUGGGCAAGCGUUGAGGAGAGCGAGUUAAGUGCUCCUACCGGCUUCUCUUUGCUUGUCUACGCCUGGAAAAAGUGAAGAUUUUUCUAUUUUUAUCACUAACCCAUUUGUUAUUGAACAUAGUAGAAUAAGAAAAGUUUUACAUUAGGAUAAACAAAAUUAUAGGGAGAGAUUGAUUGAUUCAUUGACAUCUCCCAGUUUGCUUGUAAUCGAAGAUGCCAUACAGGUUUAAUGAACAAAACCAAUUGUUCCAUAA